UGUUAGCCUGAUCCUCUCUGGUGCCAGCAGGUUGACUUCAAUCCCAGGGAGUUCCCGCCAACUUUGAAAAUAAUUUCAAAGGAACAUGUUAUCAGGCAACCAGCCUCUUGAAGAGAAUCUAGAAAUUUCUGAAGCAAGGGGUAGCAGAACUUUCACAAUUCCAAGAGAACUACUUCUCUACCCCUGGUCACUUUGUCCCCAAAGGAUGACCACCUCUUUCCUGACGCAGGGACCCAUUCAUCAGGAGCCUGACCUUCAUGCUAUGGAUGGACUUUAGGCUGACAAUGAUGAGCAAAUUAAGAUGUAUCGUGGAAGAGAGGUGAGACAAGAUGCCCUCUUGGCCUAGAGACAUCUUUGUCAUCUACAGAUGAGCCUGCCUCAUUGUCUCCUGUGGGCUAGCAACCACUGCCCUCCCUCUCCCAUGCUUUGUUAUCUAAACGUUUCCACAAGCCAAGAGUGACUUAAAAACAAAAAAACCCAUAGCACACAGCCAGGUUUCUCACAUGCGUAGGCUGUGUCCUCUCUCUAGAAAUGUGGUCAAUGUAAACAUUCCGGUAGGUGGCCCUUGGUCCCCACCCACUGCUUCUUCUGCACUCAUUCUUCCUGUAAGUCUAUCGAGGCUAAGUUCCCUAAAUGAUGCAACACAGGAAGUCAGCUGGAAGAAGCCCCCAACUGUGUCCUUGGCGAAUCCUCUAUGGGAAGACAAGACAGUGGCAAUCCAGUACAUGACCUUUUCACAGGGAGAGGAGAGCUACCGAUUUUAGGUCAGAAUCUGCCCAAGAAUGGAUGUGCCAGCUACCAUCUCAAUCAACAGUGAUCAUCUUGCUUGAUCUUUUCUUUACCCAAGAGAAAGAUGUUAUAGGCACAUGAGGACAGUGCCUUUCCUCCAAACGUUAUAAGGAUAUUUUGGUGGAGACCAUCUAGACAGGGGAGCAUGGGUGAAUGUUGGCUGGCUAGAGAAGAGGGGUCCUGGAAUUUGGAGCUGAGGACUGGAGGCCACAGAAAAGAAUGGAAUAGAAAUCCUGUCAUUUGCAACCACAGGAAUGAACCCAGAGGACACCAUGCUAAGUGAGAUAAGUCAGACACACAAGGACAAACACUACUGACACCACUUAUAUGAAGGCGAAACUGUCCUACAUUUUGACUUAGGUGUCGGUUACAUGACUGUAUACGUUUAUCACAACUCAUACAGAACUGAACAGGAAAAGAGUGGAUUUUGCUAUAUAUAAAUAAGAAAGCGAAUGGAAUAUGUUCAACCACAAAAUCAAGAAAUAAGAACAAAAGAUACCAGAUUGAGAGAGAUUUCCUCAUAGAACGUAAGGCACAACAUAAAUUGGCAUAACAUUUCAUUUUCGAACAUUGUUUAGACCUUUGGAGGAAAAAAUAUGAACACAUUUUGAAUUUCAAAAUAUGCUAAAAUGUUAAAUAUUUUAAUAUUUAAUUUCUGCUUUAUAACAGACUAAAGGAAUAUACUCAUGUAAAAAACAGGACAUUUUCAUUUAAAAAACAGCAUUUUGUUGAAACAUCGUAAUGAAACUUUGGAGAAGAUAGUGUUAUCAUUCCAUUCUGAUGACACCAAUUAACUUUCCCAAGCACAUGCACAACAAACAGAGGGGAGCCAAGGCUAAGCACAUAUUUAAAAAAACUUUCUUUUAAUGUUGAUUUAUUUUUGAGAGAGAGACAGACAGACAGACAAAGUGUGAGCGGGGGCAGAGCAGAGAGAGAGGGAGACACAGAAUCUGAAGUAGGCUCCAGGCUCUGAGCUGUCAGCACAGAGCCCGACGCGGGGCUAGAACCCACGGACUGUGACAUCAUGACCUGAGCCAAAGUUGGACGCUCAACCGACUGAGCCACCCAGGUGCCCCUAAACACAUAUUUUUUAAAUGAUUCUAAGGUUUCUUCUCUGUACAUCGUCUUCUGCCUUCCCUGGGUGUAAUGUCCACAUUUCAGAUUUUAGAAGUGGGCCCUGAAACGAAUGAGUUUCAGGUGGGGCACACAACUGUCAGAGGAUCUGGUUAGACCACAGAUAUGAUCAGAUGUGUCUUUAUACCUCAUGGUCAGAGGUAGAGGGAAAACCGUGAACCUUCUCUUGUUUAAAAAAAAAAAAAAAGGUCAGGUGAAAGCCCCAUGGCAAUUAGUGCUAGGCUUUACCCACCACAUCCUGUGGCAUCUUCCUGGCCUGCUGGCCUGCUGGCCUCCAUCUCCACAUUCGCCUGGAAGAAUCUAGGCUAUGACCUCCACAUUCACUGCCCUGCUCUGCCUUGGGCUAUAUCUGAGCCAGACCAUCGGCGCCCAGACACAGAUUCUUUCAAAACCCAUCAUCUGGGCCAAGCCCAAUUUCAUGAUUCCGAAGGGAAGGCCAGUAAAGAUCUUAUGCCAGGGGAUUCCUGAGGCCACUGAGUACCAGCUGUAUUUCGAGGGACGCCUCUCUGCCUGGCAGAGCCCAAGACAGCCUGGAAUAAGGAACAUAGUCUCAUUCCCCAUCUCAGCCAUGACCCUGCUCACUGCAGGGCAAUACAGGUGCAUUUACCGAAGCGGGGAGCUCUGGUCAAAUCCUAGUGACCCUCUGGACCUGGUGGUAACAGAAAUGUAUGACACACCCACCCUCUCUGUUCAUCCCAGGCCUGAGGUGAGCUCAGGAGACAAUGUGACCUUCUAUUGCCGUCUAGAGACUGCAACAAACAUGUUCUUUCUGCUCAAGGAGGGAAGAUCCAGCCGCCCACAGCCCAGAUACGGGAACACCCAGGUGGGGUUCCCCGUGGGCCCUGUGAGCACAGCCCACAGAGGGACAUACAGAUGCUUUGGCUCUUAUAACAACCACGCCUGGUCUUUCCCCAGUGAGCCUGUGAAGCUCCUGGUCACAGAAGAUGCUGGGGACACCAGCCUUGCACCCACAGAACACACCUCUUUUUCUGACUCUUGGGACCCCCACCUGCUAACCACGAACACAGCACUCCAGCAAGACCCUGCCCUCUGGAAUCACACUGCCCAGAAUCUCCUUCGGAUGGGUCUGGCUUUCCUGGUCCUGGUGGUUCUUGGGUACCUCCUGACUGAAGGCUGGCUUUGCAGGAAGAGAAUACCAGGAACUUCAAGGAACAGGGCUUCAAGUCAGGAACACAGGAGAAGGUUCAGAACACAGUGACUCCUGGGCAAAUGACCAAGGGAUGGGUUGGCCACAGGUAGAGCUGAAAGCUGAUCUUGACCUCGGGCUGUGUGAGCUCUGUGUUGUGCCCGCGGAGGGGGGUUCACCGCAAGACAGCUGCGUUGGGUUCGGAGAAACU